AUGGGUCCUCGGAUGGUUUCCACCGGUCGUGGUGGAUCGGGUAAUAUUCAGCCAGCUAAGUCGAAUCUAUCACCAAAGCUCGUUCCACAAGGUUCUCAGACACCAAACAUAUUGCAACCAGUUUAUAGUACUGGUAGAGGAGGUGCUGGUAAUAUGAGACGUAACGUUAAUCCAAGAGUCACACGUAAGGCACAAGAUGUUGAACAGGAACUAGAGAAGGAAGAUGCAAUUUUAGUCAGCGAUGAGGACUACAUAAGUCCAGUACAAGAAGAAGAUCCUGUAAGUGCUACUCUAUCAGGAGCUAAUAGUAGGUCUCACAGUAGUGGUGGAUCAAAAAUCAAAUUACAAAAAUCAAAGACGAGGCAGGAAAGUAAUCGUGAAAGGCCGAAGGCGAUUGUAUUAGGCAGAGGAGGUGCUGGUAACAUCAUAUCUCCAACGUCGAGUGUUAAAGAUCGUAGGAAGGAAAAGAAUCCAAAAGAUGGACACAAAGGUAUGUGGUCCUCCAUAAAGCAUUUCUUCUCAUAG